UAAAGCUGAAGUCUCAAGCUUGUUCAUUUCACCACCACAACAACAAUAUUGCUUGCUUUGGAUAAUGGAGAAUCAAUCAAAAAAAGUUCUGCUUGCAUCUAAUGGAGAUGAGGUUUCAGUGAACAUUGCCUUGCAUUUAGCCAAACGUGGUUGCAGGUUGGUUUUGAUGGGAAAUGAAUGCUGCCUGAAGAGUGCGAGAAAGAAGAUAAUGAAUUCAACAAAUAAUAUGGUCCCAGUAGAGGUGGUUGGAUUGGAUAUGGAAGAGGAAAGAGAAGAAGCUUUUGAUGAGGCAGUAGAUAAGGCUUGGAAAGCGUUCGGAUUUGUUGAUGCAUUUGUCAAUUGUUUUGCUUAUGAAGGAAAGAUGCAAGACCAUCUGCAAUUAGCCGAAGAAGAGUUGAGAAAAAUCGUAAAAAUAAACUUCAUGGCUGCAUGGUUUCUACUCAAAGCUGUUGGUGGGAGAAUGCGGGACCGUAAAUCAGGCGGUUCCAUCAUCUUCAUGACUACGUUCCUCGGUGCCGAAAGAGGACUCUAUCAAGGAGCUGCCGCAUAUGGUUCAUGCCUGGCAGGAGUCCAGCAAUUAGUUAGAGCAUCGGCUUUGGAGAUUGGGAAACACAAGAUCAGGGUAAAUGCAAUAGCUCGUGGUUUACACUUAGACGACGAGUUUCCUCGGUGGGUUGGGAAGGACAGGGCGGAGGAGUUGGUGGAAAGAGCAGCGCCAUUGCAGAGAUGGUUGGAUGUUGAAAAGGAUUUAGCUUCCACUGUCAUCUAUUUAAUCAGUGAUGGUUCUCGCUUUAUGACUGGGACAACUAUAUUCGUCGAUGGCGCACAAUCCAUGGCCAGACCUCGUAUGAGAUCAUAUAUGUAAGUUCCUUGGGUAGAAAAUCAUACCAUCAUUGUUGCUGAUUCUGAAGAAAGUAGAUUAAAGUUGAAUGAAGAAAACAAACUGAGAAAUCCGAAUUUCUAUUGAUUAAUGAUCUG